AUGGUCAAAAAGCGGGUUCCUCAGUCUUCAACUCAGCAGAUCGAAGUGUUUUCAAAAAAACGAAAGAAAGAAGAAUCCGUCCCAGAAACCACCCAAACUGGAGACCGCCCAAGCGCUAUACAGGAAUCUUUAGAGGCUGCUGGAGUAACUGUUGGACGUAAAACUCAGCGCGAUCGCUUGCUUGGAUUACUUUCGCGGCACGUUAUCAAGAAGAUGCCUCGAAUGUCUGGAAGGCUAGUUCCAGACAUCACGCGAAAACGCAGUGACAAGAACACCCCAUUUGAAGAGAUACCUGAUGUCGAAAUUCCCAGUCAGCCAUCCGGUGAUGGUCCGAAUUUUUCUCUAUUUGCGAAUUCCGACCUUGUGGAGAUGAUUCGUGGAGUGGGAGUCGAUGCCGCGGACUUUGAUCGCACAAACCUCAUCAAAACUUGCAAGACGUACAGCGAAUUGAUUGUCAUACCGGACCGCCUACAAAAAUUCAUCUUUGAAAAUUCAACACCAUCGGAGCCCAAAGAAAAAUCGAGCCGGGAUAAUUCCCAACAACCUGCCGCAGGACCAUCUGUACCAUCGGUUCAAAGUCUCAAGACUACUCGCUCAAAUAAGACUCGAGUGCGCUUGACCAAAAGACGAUCACCAAAACCCAAAAAAUAUUCAGGAAAGGGUAAACUCAAAGCAUCUGAAAGCGAUGACUACGAUCCAUCUAUCUCUGAUUCCAACAACUCGAAUACAUCAGACCCCGAUUCCAGUCAAGCUAGCGAUGAGGAAAUUAUCUCACGCAAAACUUCCAAGCCCAAAGGCACAAAGAGUAGCAAAAGCAACUUUACAUCUGGCAAGGAAGACCCGGGGCCUACAUCGCAAGAUGAAUCGGAAUGCUUGAAUCCUGAAAACCCAUCAAAGAACGAGUCCGAUAAGCUGGAAACUGGCAGUGCAGAGUGGCUUCUUCAGAAGAUCUAUAAGCUUGAAGCUCACAAUGCAAGGACCGAUAGGAGACUUGAAGCGAUGUCAGAACGAUUUGAAAUGAUGACAGACGUGAUCAACAAACAAAUUGGAACACGCUCACCAAAGACCAGUGGUACUAAGCCACGUGGUGGGGAAACAUCGGCUCGGAUUCGAUUUCACAUUGAAACAAUGUUUGGACAGAAGGAGCAUGAGAAGAAUCUUCCAGACCCUGCAACUGAGACUGAACGGAGCACUUGGAUGUGCGAUAUUGAACCUGCCAGUAUCAAUAUCGAUCAAGAUGCUCCUCCCUCUCAAAACUCUCCUUUUCAGCCAGUUGAUCCAUGUUUCCCGUAUCCAAAUGGACCCGGGCAUAAAGACUCCACUCCUCAGCAACUUUCGAUCAUUUGGAAUAUGAUGCAAGCUGUCGGAGUCUCAAGCUUUCGUCCAGACUUUUCGGAACCGCCUCAAUCGCAGCCCAACAAGUGGCUAUGGGAUCUUGCGUUGAAGAUAUUCAUAAAACUGGUUGAAUGUGGAGAGUACACUGGAGUGCCUCUCCAGAAUGACAAUCGUGACUUUAUAAAGAAAUGUCUUUAUACUCAUGCCUUGUCACUCAAAAAGCGUUAUCAGAACGAAAAUUGGGAGGAGGAGCGCAGGAAAACAACAAAUAAUGAAGUUCGGAGAACUGCUAGGUUAAGAUAUCUGCGACGCCUGCGUGAAAAAAUUGUACUUACUCAUCAAGCACUAUGGCCACUGUCAAAAAUUAUCACGGUGGCAUGUAGCGAUGAUGAGACAGAUUAUGAGCCGACAAGCUCUACUGAAGCCCAGCAGGGGCCAGGUAGACCCUGUCGUGUUCGAAAUCUCGAAUGGCGUAGCAAAGAGCUGGAACAUAUCUGCAUAUUACUUGAUGGUUCCAAGGUAAAAAAUGACUCCAGCACACCAGGUAAAAACAAGUCACCAAAACAAAGUGGCCGUCCUAACAGGCCGCGGUCGCGUGGCGAAGACAGGCCAGUAACCCACACCUCAGUUCCACCAGGACUUCCUAUUGAUUGCUACUCCAAGCGAUGGCUACAGAGUCUUUCUCCUCUUGAGAGGAGCGAGCUGGGAAUCAGUUCCAAAGCUAUCCUGAAAGAUCUACUUCCAAUUGUAGAAAGGCUUUAA